CCUCCAUCCACAUCCAACACCAUGACCAACUCCUGCUGCUCCCCUUGCUGCCAGCCCACCUGCUGCAGGACCACCUGCUGCAGGACCACCUGCUGGACACCCAGCUGUGUGAGCAGCUGCUGCCAGCCCUGCUGCCAGCCCAGCUGCUGUGGCUCCAGCUGCUGCCAGCCUUGCUGCCAGCCCACCUGCUGUAGGACCUGCUUCCAGCCAAGCUGUGUGAGCAGCUGCUGCCGCACACCCUGCUGCCAGCCCUGCUGCUGUGUGUCCAGCUGCUGCCAGCCUUGCUGCCAGCCCAGCUGCUGCCAGCCCAGCUGCUGUGAGUCCAGCUGCUGCCAGCCCAGGUGCUGUAUCUCCAGCUGCUGCCAGCCCUGUUGCAAGCCCUGUUGCUGCAGGCCCUGCCUCAAGCCCUGCUGUGAGCCCUUCUGCCUCAACCUGUGCUGCCAGCCAGCUUGCUCUGGACCUGUGACCUGCACCAGGACUUGCUACCAGCCCACAUGUGUCUGUGUGCCUGGCUGCCUGUCCCAGGGCUGUGGGUCCAGCUGCUGUGAGCCCUGCAGCUGUUGAUGAAGCCGCUACUGGAAUCGAAUAAUCUAUUCUCAGACCUGCUGGAGUUUUACUUUAUGCAAAACUCUCUGCCUAUAGCACACACACCUUCAUCCAAUCGCCAGUCUUCCUACUAACAGACCUGUUUACUGCACCCUGACUGCCAUCUUACCCAUUUUGAUGUGAUCCUCAUUUCUCUGCCUGUCAGCUUCACCUGUUAUGAUCUGGAUUCAUAGUCUCAGCAUUGACAGAAAUCAUUUCCUUAAUAAGCUAAGAAAAAAACAUGCACAAUUCACAACUAUCUCAUUACAUCUUGGAAAUGAUAAAUACCCAUCAUUAUACGUUGAGUGUUGAGUGUUUGUGGUUUUUAUGACUCAUCUGUGACUCAUCAUGACAUCUUUGUAUUGUCUCCCCAACUAAAGAGACACUACCCACUGGUAUUCUAAUAAAGUCUUCUUCAUUCUACCUCUCAUA